GAGACAGAAGAUUUUACACAAAGAAAGUCUCUUCCAAUUGCUUCAGUUGAGAAAAGACUUGUUGAGGAGGUCCGAAAGAAUGAUAUUUUGAUAAUCGUUGGUGAGACUGGAAGUGGAAAAACCACACAGAUCCCCCAAUUCCUGUUUGAUGCUGGAUUUUGUAAUGAUGGAAAAGUUAUUGGGAUAACACAACCUCGGCGUGUUGCUGCUGUUACUGUGGCAAAACGGGUUUCUGAGGAAUGUGGUGUUGAAUUGGGCCAAAAGGUUGGUUAUUCUAUUAGAUUUGACGAUGCUACAUCAAGUUCAACGAGGAUUAAAUACAUGACAGAUGGAUUGCUUCUGAGGGAAGCAUUAUUGGAUCCAUUUCUUUCUAGGUAUUCUGUUAUAAUUGUUGAUGAAGCUCAUGAGAGAACUGUCCACACUGAUGUCUUGAUGGGCUUGCUUAAAAGUGUACAAUAUGCUCGUUCAAAUCUUGUUUCUGAUGAUCAGAGACGUAAUUCUGAAAACAAGAAUGUAAAGAGUGGCAUUUCAUUGGAGAAGGAAAAUGGUGGUCAGUGUGGCAGUUUUCUUAGGAAGCACAAUAACAGAAAAUAUGCUCCCCUGAAGCUAAUCAUCAUGUCUGCAAGUCUUGAUGCACGGGUUUUUUCUGAGUACUUUGGUGGUGCAAAAGCUGUUCAUGUCCAAGGGAGACAAUUUCCUGUUGAUAUAUUUUAUACUCGCCAUGCAGAGGCAGAUUAUUUAGAUGCUUCCUUGAUAACGAUAUUCCAGAUUCAUUUGGAGGAGGGCCCCGGUGAUAUACUAGUAUUUCUGACUGGCCAAGAAGAGAUCGAAUCUAUUGAAAGAUUAAUAAAUGAGCGACUCAAGCAAUUACCUGAAAGCAGCCAGAAGCUGCUAACUGUGCCUAUAUUUGCUGCUCUUCCUUCUGAGCAGCAAAUGCGAGUAUUUGCACCAGCUCCAUCUGGAUUUCGUAAGGUUAUACUGGCCACUAAUAUUGCUGAAACAUCAGUAACAAUCCCUGGAAUCAAGUAUGUAGUAGAUCCUGGAUUUGUUAAAGCACGCAAUUACGACCCUGGCAAAGGAAUGGAAUCUUUGGUUGUAGUACCUACAUCAAAGUCCCAGGCUCUGCAAAGGAGUGGGCGUGCAGGGCGUGAAGGACCAGGAAAAUGUUUUCGUCUCUAUCCAGAAAGUGAAUUUGAUAAACUUGAGGACUCUACAAAGCCAGAGAUCAAGCGGUGCAACCUCUCCAAUGUCAUUUUGCAGCUUAAGGCUUUAGGUGUUGAUGACAUACUAGGGUUUGAUUUCAUUGAGAAACCUUCAAGGGCAGCUAUCAUCAAAUCAUUGGAGCAGCUAUUCUUGUUAGGUGCUCUAAUGGAUAACUGUCAACUAUCUGAUCCAGUUGGAAUUCAAAUGGCUCGGCUUCCCUUGGACCCUAUUUAUUCCAAAGCUCUUGUUCUAGCUAGUCAGUUUAACUGCUUGGAGGAGAUGUUGAUAACUGUUGCGAUGCUUUCUGUGGAAUCCAUAUUUUAUGCACCUCGCGACAAGUUGCAAGAGGCAAGAACUGCAAUGAAAUGCUUCUCAAGUCCAGAAGGAGACCACCUGACUUUGAUUAAUGUGUAUCGAGCAUCUCAUGAGUUCCUAGAAAAGAGAUCGAUGGGAAUGGGUAAUGCAAAAAGUGAAAAGGCUCUGAGGAAGUGGUGCAAGGAAAACUUUAUCAAUAGCCGUUCUCUCAAGCAUGCUCGUGACAUUCACAAGCAAAUUUUGGGGAAUGUUGAACAAAUGGGUUUGCAUGUUGCUUCUUGUGGAGAUGAUAUGCUUCUAUACCGCAGAUGCCUUGCUGCCUCCUUUUUCCUGAAUGCGGCUGUAAAGCAGCCAGAGGGAACAUACAGGGCCCUCGCAAGUGGUCAGGUGGUGCAGAUCCACCCUUCGUCAGUAUUAUUUCAACAAAAACCAGAGUGCAUAAUAUUUAAUGAACUGGUCCAAACUAAUAACAAGUACAUACGGAAUGUAACCAGAAUUGACUACCUAUGGUUGACUGAGCUGGCUCCUCAAUAUUACGCUGUGCAGAAUUGAAUUCUUGGCGGUGGCACGGAACUGAGAAGAAGGCGUAAUUUUAGUCCUUCACUAGUAGUUGCAUUUCCUAUGUUUGUGGAUGGAACUCGUUGAUGUCCACCUGCAAAAGAAUCACCCGGUCGAUGUUGGUAAUCCUUCUGAUGAAGCUGUUUCUUCUUGUUUGGAAGAUGGAUGGAACAUGUGGAGCAAGCCCAAAAACAGCUUCAUUUUGAAAAGGAUAACAUCCAUCGAUGUUGUUAUGUUCUUGGGAAGAAUCUGUUUUAUAUGAAAGGCGGAGGGAGCAUGUAAAGCAAGCCCAGGAGAGAGCCAUUCAUAAAACUUCUAUACAUCAUGAGGUAGUUUUUAUGUGGUGGUGGUGUUUGUGGAGAAUUUAAUGAUCUUGUAUUAUUUUUGACGCUUCUAGUCCGUCAAGCUAACCCUUCAAGUAACUGGUCUGAGUGUUGUACUUCUCCUUUUGAGGGCCCCACCCAUCAUCCUUGGCAUCUAGCUCAUCCCAUGUAUAGUGGUGGAUUAGCAUCUACCAACAUAGAAAAAGAUAGUGCCGAGGAAUUUUGUCAAGUCAGGGAAUGAUAUUUUUACCUUCUGAUGUACACGAAAAGCAACGAUUAUGUAACUUCCGCAUUAUGAUGAUAUGAAGCAUAUCCACCUGUCAA